AUGUCAGAUUCUAACAGAACCGACUUCACCAACCCCUCCACCUUCAUCCUGCUGGGCAUUCCUGGCCUGGAGGCGGCCCAUGUCUGGAUCUCCAUCCCCUUCUGCACCAUGUACAUCAUAGUCAUCUUGGGGAACUUCACCAUCCUGUUCAUCAUCGUGAAGAUGGAGCCGAACAUCCACGAGCCCAUGUACUAUUUCCUCUGCAUGCUGGCUGUGACCGACCUGCUCAUUUCCACAUCCACCGUACCCAAAAUGCUGAGUAUCUUCUGGUUCAAUUCCAGGGAGAUCAGUUUCAGUGCCUGCCUCACCCAGAUGUACUUCAUUCACUCCUUCUCAGCAAUGGAGUCUGGAAUCCUCGUGGCCAUGGCUUUCGAUCGCUACGUGGCCAUCUGCCAUCCCCUGAGACAUUCUGCCAUCCUCACAAUCUCUGUUGUGGCCAAGAUAGGCCUGGCCUUGGUGCUGCGUGGUGGCAUACUCGCGUUACCCUAUCCCUUCCUGGCGAGGCGGUGGCCAUAUUGCAGAACCAACAUCAUCCCACACUUUUAUUGUCGGCAUAUAGCCGUGGUGAAGCUGGCCUGUGCUGACAUCCGCAUCAGUAGUUACUAUGGCCUGUUUAAUCUUUUCUUUGUGAGCGGAAUGGAUGUGUUUUUUAUCACCAUGUCCUACACUCAGAUCCUCUGGGCCAUCUUCCGCUUGCCCACAAAGGAUGCCCGGCUCAAAACUUUUGGGACCUGCAUCUCUCAUCUUUGUGCCAUCUUAGCUUUGUACACCCCAGAUUUUUUCUCCUCUCUCACACAGCGGUUUGGCCACAAUGUGCCACUGCAUUUACGCAUUCUCUUUGCCAGUGUUUACCUGGUGGUGCCCCCCAUGCUACACCCCAUCAUCUACGGGGCGAGGACCAAACAGAUCCGGGGCAGGCUGCUCCAGCUCCUUACUCAUAAAGAGACCUAA